CAGGGACCUGAGAGUCGCUGGAUUUUCUCCCGAGCUCCACCCGGGAAGAAUGCACUACAGAUAAAACCCAGCUAAACCCCGCGCGGCGAAUCCUAGCGGGAGCCGACGAAAGGAGGAAGCGACUGAGGCGAGACAAGCAGGAAGCAAGCUGGUGGGGUGGAAGGGAGGUGGGCAGCUCUGGGGGCUGGCAGGGUCUGUCGGUGUGUCAGCUCAACACCAGCAGGGAUGGACAGCGCCUCUGGAUUCAACCGGCACUGGGACACAGCGCUGCUGCAGGUGCCUAUACACCGGCUUGCCUCUCUCUGCUGCUAAAAGGGCGGCGCUCCCUAAUCUCUCGCUCCCCCUCCUCCCCUCUGAUUUAUUUAUUUUAUUGUUUUGGGUGGACGGAAAGUAACCCCCCUCCAUGCAACUGCAAACAGGGACGGUGGCGUCAUUCCGCUCCGGAGUUUGAGAUCUCAUCAGCGACUUCAAUACGAUUUAAUUUUUUUUUAAACACAAAUAAGAGUGUAACUUUGAUUUAAAUCAUGGGCACUGAGAUCGGGGGCCAGGUGAGAGAUUUUCUGUAUUAAGCCAAAUAACCGCGGAGAUGUUCCCGAGUGGUUUGGAAAUACUUUGGACAGAGCUCUGAGAGGAGAUCCGAAGAGUACAAGCUCUGCAACGUUUCUGCAACUGAGAGCAGAUCGCCUAACGCUAGCAUAUUGGCAAACAAAUAUCACUUGCUGUGCCAUAGCACAUGGAUUUCAGGACCUCCUGUGAAGAGACAAAGACAGGGAUUUGUUUGCUGCAGGAUGGUAAUCAGGAGCCUUUCAAAGUGCGACUGCACUUAGCCAAAGAUAUUUUGAUGAUCCAGGAGCAGGAUGUGAUCUGUGUGUCUGGUGAGCCUUUCUAUUCUGGUGAAAGAACGGUAACAAUUAGAAGACAAACUGUAGGAGGAUUUGGAUUAAGUAUAAAGGGUGGAGCAGAACAUAAUAUUCCAGUGGUCAUUUCCAAAAUUUCCAAAGAACAAAGAGCUGAACUCUCAGGUUUGCUCUUUAUAGGAGACGCAAUUCUACAGAUUAAUGGAAUUAAUGUAAGAAAAUGCAGGCAUGAAGAAGUGGUUCAGGUUCUUCGGAAUGCAGGAGAAGAAGUGACCCUAACAGUGUCCUUUCUGAAAAGAGCACCUGCUUUUCUCAAAUUGCCUCUGAAUGAAGAUUGUGCGUGUGUCCCUAGUGACCAAAGCAGUGGCACAUCAUCUCCCCUCUGUGACAGUGGUUUGCAUCUCAACUACCAUCCCAACAAUACGGAUACGCUAUCAUGUUCCUCAUGGCCAACAUCACCAGGGCUUAGGUGGGAGAAGAGAUGGUGUGAUCUCCGAUUAAUCCCGCUCCUUCAUUCCCGUUUUUCCCAGUACCUCCCAGGAUCAGAUUUGUGCAGGCAAAAUGCAUUCCAAGUAAUUGCUGUGGAUGGAGUUUGCAGUGGAAUAAUUCAGUCUCUCUCUCCUGAAGACUGUAUGGACUGGCUACAAGCAAUAGCAACUAACAUUUCCAACCUCACAAAGCACAAUAUAAAAAAAAUCAACAGGAAUUUUCCCGUAAACCAGCAGAUAGUCUAUAUGGGCUGGACAGAAGAACGGGAACAAGACUCCCUUCAGGACCGAAUGUACACACCAAAGUUUCUAGCUCUGAGGGGUUCCUCUCUUCACAAAUUUAUAGCACCUCCAGUCACCACGUGGGAUUGGACACGAGCUGAAAAAACGUUUUCAGUUUAUGAGAUCAUGUACAAAAUUCUCAAGGACAGUGAUCUGUUGGAUCGUCGGAAACACUGCUUCGGUGUCCAAUCUGAAUCUGGAGAGGACCUCUACUUUUCUGUGGAGUUAGAGUGUGACCUAACCCUGUGGGAAAAAGCCUUCCAAACAGCAACUUUUUUAGAAGUUGAACGAAUUCAGUGCAAGACAUAUGCCUGUGUUUUGGAGAGUCAUCUUAUGGGGCUUACCAUUGACUUUGGCAUGGGCUUUGUAUGUUUUGAUGCUGCCACAAAGGCUGUGCUUUGGAGGUACAAGUUUUCCCAGCUUAAAGGGUCUUCAGAUGAUGGCAAGAGCAAAAUCAAAUUUUUGUUCCAAAAUCCGGAUACUAAGCAGAUUGAAGCAAAGGAGUUGGAAUUUUCCAAUCUAUUUGCAGUCCUUCACUGCAUCCACUCAUUCUUCGCGGCCAAAGUGGCUUGUUUGGACCCAUUGUAUGUAGGCAGUCAAGCCGCCACAUCUGCUGUUGCCACAACUUCUGGUACUGGCAAAUUAAAGUAUACUACUUGACAUCUUGCAUUUCACCACUGCCACUUACCAGCAGUACAUAACAAUGUAUAAAUAUUCAUCAAAUUUAGACCUUUGGGGAACUGCGAACAUGGAAACCAAUCCAAGAGGCAAGCCAUGCUGCAGUUUCAGCAGAAAAAUGGUCACAUGGGAUCAUACAUUCAUCUCUGUUCUGCAACUCCAGUAAAUAAUCCUAGCUGAAACCCUGGAAUAGGAUGGAUAUGCUUUUAGUAUGAUCUAUUUGUACUUAUAUAGUGCUUUAAACAACACUGGAAGCAAAAGGGAAAAAAUGACACAGUGAAGCACUUAAGUAUUUAAUAAAAUUUUCAGCUGUCUGUAAUAAUACACAACUAGAAUUGUCAUUUACUUGUUUUCAGAUGUUUUUAUAUGACAACAUACAAAGCUCUGAGUAUAACGUAGGGCAAUAUCAUAGUAGUAUAAAUGAUACAACAGCAAGCAAGAGGCAUAUCGUUUAUGACAACAAGGAGAUAAGCAUGAAAGGGCAAUUGUGUAUCUCCUCAAAGAAGAAAGCACUUUAAACACUCUUGUAAAUUCGUACUGUUUUCCUAUAUGGAAACAUGCUAUUGUUGUUUAUUUUGUUGUCAUUCUGUUCUAAUAGUAAUGAUAAAGUUAUAGCCAUAUUGGUCUAGCACAUAAAGACAAAUAUAGUGGAGAAACUUUUACAGACACAGGAGCCUCUUCAAGUCAAAAUAGGUGGGAUAUGAAUUUGAUUUCAAUUAUAAAUUAAGUACAAGUUAGUGACAAGUUGCUUUGUUCAUUCUCCUGUUUUAAAGGGAAGGAGGUCAUGUAAUUGAACAGUAUUUGUACACAAAACCUGAGUUUUGAAUUUUGUUUCAGAUGUACAUCUAGCACAUUGUUUCAGUAUGUAAUGUUGACUUCAUAUCACAAGCAAGGAGGCAAGAACUCUGUUCCACUCAGGCUCUUAAUAAAACAGGCACUAGCAGUAACACUAGAAAAAUGAUUCCACACCUUGAAUUCUUCUUACCAAUUAAAUGAUAUUAUUCCUUUUUAUUUAUGUACUUAUUUAGUUUAAGAUGGGAACAAAUUAAAUAAACUGCAAAGCUAGAAUAAGUGACAUAAUACAGAAAGCUAUUGUGUAUUUAAAAUAUGACGUAAUCCAGGACUACAUAUUGUACAUAUUAUUCUAAGAGCCUCAUUUCAUGAUGAAUGUAAAGCUCAAGGAGUAAAUUUGGAACAAUUCUCCAUGCAUCCAAGGAUACGUUACUUGAAUACCAUUUUUGCAAAUGACUUUAAUUUUGAACUAGCAGAUAUAUCUCUGAACAUGGUCAAAUUUGGGGAAUAUUAUUGUGAUGUAGCUGAAACCUAGUAAAUUGCGGGUUUUUUUAAAACAUGACCACAUAACUCAAAAGAAUCAAAUAUUUAUACACCUACAGUAACACACAUGAAUUUUAUAAAAAAACAGCCUGC